AUAGUUUACGUCUAUUGGAAAAUCGUUAAACAAUUUAUAAAAAGUUAAUUUGAGGGCAGAAAACACUGUCCCAAGGCAUGACCAUUGUGUCGUUGAGACCUCAUCAUGUCUCGUGGAAUGAAGAAAAGCUUUUUUAAUUUGUUGUAAAUUUUCCGGCAUAACAGACGUAAAUUUGUCCUCUGUAAACGUGCAAAGCGACAGAAAACAAAAAAAUAGUCACAGCUCUUGAGACAAAUGAGAAGAAAAUGAAAGAACAAUCACAAAAACAAAACAAAUAAUUAAAGUCGGAAAAAGGAAAACGCAAACAGAAAAAGGAAGUGAGUUUUCUUCAUUGGAAAAAAGUGUGUGAAAUAAUAAUUAAUAAAAUAAAAGUUAAAGUUGUGAAUAAUUUAAUAUUUCGACAACCUUAUAAAAUUUAGUGCUUCGGAGAUUAAAUUAUAAAAAAAUCAUUCGAUUUUUCCAAUAUCCAAUCCAGCAAAAUUUACAUUGUGAAGCUUGCAGUUAACAAACAAUUCGUGGCAAUAUAGAAAAAGUGUAAAACUCCAACAACAACAACAAAAUAUAAUGUAAAUACUUGAAGACAACCACAACAACAACAACAACAACAACAACAACAACAGAAAAGAUAAUCAGCCAAUUUAACAAACAAAAGCAAUCUACUAAACGAUCUCCGUCUUUAAAACAAAAGCAAAACUGACAAGUGAAACAAUUAAAUAAAAAAAAUACUAAACAAUGUUUAUUAACAAAUAAUCGACAUAAUUAUACAACAAUUACAAUAAUAACAAAAAAAUAUUUAAAGAAAAGUCGUGCCAUCAAAAUUGCAUUUUUAAAAUUGAGAUUCGUUUUCGUGUAGCUUGAUAAACUUAUCGCAAUCUAUUGCAAAAGGGUUAGAAACGCCCUAAGAGAUUUUUAAAAAAUUUUUAGAAAUAAAUUCCCAGACUUUCAAAAACAAAAUGUGGCUCCAGUGGUCUUUGCUUGUGAUCUCGGUGGCUUCGGCCUCAGUUCUACAAAUCGAUCAGAAUCUCAAAAAUAUCAAAUUAAUUGAAAGCAAAUUCAUACCGGAUGUCAAUGUUCUGCCAGCAGAUCAGUCUAUAAAUAUAAAUGAUGAAAAUUGGCAACAGGUUCGACGUUUCAUGGAGGAUGGCUUGCCAGUGUUGGAGAUUUAUGGGUAUAAGCCGCAGAGAGAUAUACCAUUUACUUUAAUUAUACCAAAAAUUGAUGUACGCACCAUUGAGAAGCCACGUCUCAAAGAGUUCAUGCUGGAACAUAUGGUACCGGGACGGGCAUUCGAAAAUUAUGCCGACGAAGAUUCAGCAGCGGCAUCAUCAUCGUCGUCGUCGUCCUCGUCGUCAUACGGCAAUGGUAAUGGCCAUAAGAUUGUCUUUCGCAAAUUGGAAAAAUCGCCAAACAAUGUGGUCUGGCUGUUGAAUGGCUUCCAGAUAUUGCAUCGUGUCCGCAUCAAUGAUAAUUUAAUUGCAUUGGCCAUCGAUGGGUAUUUGGGCGAUCGAAAGUCACCGUAUUCGAAGCGGAACAUCCAGGAGGGCAGUAGUAGCCGCUACAAUGAACCACAACGUUUGGAGAUGCGCAACUCCACCGGCAACAUUGCCCACACCAAAAACGAACCGAUCCUUAAGGAGUCAAAGGCCAGCCCACUAAUGUCAUUUCUUGGCAGCAUGAAAAGUGGCACAAAAGUUUUCCAGCAUUUCCUUUCGAAAAGUAAUCUCACCCAAAUAAUGGACGAUGGCUCGUUCACCAUUCUCAUACCCACCGACAAUGCCUUUCAACGUUGGCACCCCAUCGAUUGGGGCUUCUAUCCGUUCAGUGUGCAGGAGUUUACGGAGAGUGUGCUGCGCAAUCAUUUCCUACCGAUGCAGAAACCGUUGCGUAUGGCCGAUGUAAAGAAUAUGGAUCAAAUGGCGGUGCGCACCAUGGGCGGAGAGAGUGUGGUGUUUAGGGGACAACCUGCACCGAAUGUCAACAAUGUUUCCAUAAUGUCCGAUUACACAUUGUCCAAUGGCAAUCAAGUGUUUAUCAUAACCGAAGUUUUGUUUGUCUCCGAAGCGGUAGUCUCCAAACUACAUCAGAUGCACAAGGACAAAGAGACACCACCGCUGUUGGCUUUCCCCUGGUUUGGGGCACAAUUUUUGUCACAUUCCUUCCUGGCGCUGGAACGAGACCCCAGAUUUACACAAAUUACAAGGUUUUUAAACAAUGCUGAAAUUGCACCACAUGUAUCCGGAGCCAAUUACACGUUCUUUGUCCCAGACGAUAAAGCCUUUGAGAGAUUGGGCUUCGAUAAGCUGAGUGAUGAUGUUAUGGCCUCCCAACGAGGUGUUAAAAUGCUGCUGAAUCAUUUCGUCAAGGGACGUCUGUACAAUCGUGAUCUGAAGGAUAAUGAAGUCUUCGAGACGAUAGGUGGUGGCCAUAUUAAAAUAACACGAAAUCCUGGAAGUAAUGCGACCAGUGUUAACAAUGCCAAAAUAAUCGAAAGUGAGGUAUUCGUUUAUAAUUUGGGCACAAUGUUCUAUAUCGACGAUAUACUCUACUCGCAUUUGCUGCGCGAAUAUGUCAUCAAACAUAAGUCACGGACAAAUUAUGCCGGUGGCAAUAACAAUGGACGUUCAUCGACAUUGGGCACACCCACCGAUGUUGAAAUUGUACCCAAUGAAUUCGAACAGAGCGGUGGUACCAAUAACGGUGGCGGAGGAGGUGGUGGCGAUUAUUCCAUACAUGAUGAAGACUUCGAUGAUGAAAUUAUCACACCCAAAGCGCUUCCCGUCCAAUUUUAUGAACUACCCAAGUAAGCGAGUGAACACUGAAACACCAGACAGCCAGCCAAGUGAAUGUGAAUGUGUGAGGAGUAUGAAGUCCAAGUUUGAAAUUUGGAGACAGAACAAAACAAAAACAUUGGAAAUUAAAAAGCAACAUUUUUGAUAAAAUAUCAAAAGAAAAAAACAAACAAAUCGUAAACCCAAACAAAUUAGAGUGAAAAUUUUGAAAAGAAAAAUCUGAGAAAAAAAUACUUUUUUUAUUCGAGACGGCGAUGAUGAUCUACAUGCAUAAAUAAAGAAAAAUACAUACAAUAUAAUUUGAUUAUAUUUUUUUAAGAAUAACCGAAUUCCCAAUAAAGGAAAAUAAAAUCGAAAGAGUCCCCCUCCCCCAAUAUGGAGAAAAACAAAAACCCAAAACAUAAAUGGAGAGAUUGUUAGAAGGCUUCAAGCUUUUUUUGUGUAUAGUUUAGAGAUUAUUUUAAUAAUUGUAUGCAUUUUUAAGUAAACAAUACAAAAACAAAAAACAAACAAACGAAACCAAUACGUAUACAUACAUAAAAUAUUAUUAUACAUAUAUAUAUAUAUUAUAUAUAAAUAUAUUUAAUGUUAAUUUUUUGUGUAGAUUUAACAAGAAGAAUGUGAAAACAUCAAUUAGGUUUAUUAUUAUUUUCAAUAAUUUUUAGAUUUAGAGAAACAAAACAAAAGAGAAACCAACAACAAAUAUUCCGAAAUAAAAACAAAACCAAAACCUAAAAUAUAUGUAUAUCAAUCCAGUCUCUUGUAGGUGGUUUACAGAAAAAGAAUUGGUCCCAAAAAUGAGUUUGGAAUUUCCUAAAAAUUUUGUAUAUUAUGUUCACUAAAAACUCAUUGAACUGAAAAAACAGCAGCAACAUAUAUACUACGUCCAUAUUAUUCCAAAUCUGUAGCCUUUGUUGAAUUCACACAACUAAUAAAAUAGAUAUUUCUUUAUCUGUGCCGUGUGCUCAAGUUUACAGCACUUCUUUACUCAAAUUACUGAUAGGUCAUCUCGUAUUCAAAACUUCUAUAUAUAAUUUUUGUUGAAAACUAAAAAAAUGGUUACUUUAUGUAUUUAUAACGACAGAUUAAACAAUUGAUUCAUUCUAAUUUUAAUAAAAGGACAUUUUUGUGCAAAGACGUACUAAAUGUUUCUUUUAAAAUAGAUCGAUCCACAAUUACUUUUACUGGGCAAAAGUUUAAGUUGGACUAUCCCCAACAAAUUUUGAAAGGACAUUUUAUAAUUGAAGUCUCUAAAGUCUUUAGGUAACUAUAAGCUUAAUCAUCUAUUUGAAAUCCUACUUCUUUUUGGGACCAAUUUAAUUUAAUGUAAACCAGCAUUGUGUGUAUUGGCACAUAUCUUUAAAAAAAAACUACUAGCAAUUGGAAAAAGAAUUGUAUCUAAUCGAGCCAUAAUUUAAAGGAAACAAAAGAUAAAAUGAUGAAAGGAAUCAGCUUUUGUCGCAGCAUUAUUAACAUGAUAUAUGUUUGCGAGGUGAUCAAAAAUUAAACGGGACUUGAAACUUAUAUAAGUUGGACCCAGACAUUGCAACAAUUGUGUCAAUGAUUCUACGACCCCAUAAAGCAUAUUGAUGGCAUUGGUCUCAAACCUAAAGUCUUUAUAAAGAAACUCAUUGAAGAAAUAAAAACAAGUAAAUUAAUAAUAUUACCUUAAAGGUCGUACGGAAAGCAAGAAAAUACGCGAACUAAUUAAGAAUUUUUGUAUCCACAACUGAAGAAUUGAAGAGAGAGAAAUUAUAGUAAGCAAAGAUCAGAAAACAAAAAUAAAAAUAAAAAAUUCCACAUUCCAAAAAUUUGUUAAAUGAACUAAAGUAACAAAAACCACAACAACAACAAUAAACUAGUGAAAUAAAAUCA